AUGCCUGAGGCACAUCAAGGCCACAUCGCCAUGCAGGGGCGGCCAAACAUCCCAGCUGCUACCCGUUAUCCGCUUCAGUUCAUAUCUCCGGGCCCUGGAGGUCAUCAAGCAACCAAUAUCAUGAAUACUCAGUCGGCUGGUGGCCAACAACACCAUGUUCAGCAGCCCGCUGGACAGUACAUUAGGGCGGGUCCUGCGGUAGUGGCACCUCAGCAGCAGCAGCAGCAGCAGCAGCAGCAAUACCCAGCACAAACAGCCCCUUAUGUGGCCCGACCUAACACGUCUGUCAAGAUCUGCGACAUCAGCAAGGAACAACCGUUGACGGCCGAGAAGGCCCGUGAAAGGCUAUCCCAGUACUUUGUGUUUCGCUUUACCAGAGCCGACGAAGACAGCGGCUAUGCCAGCGAUGGCUCACGUCGCAAGCCCUCCUGGAAGCGGGCAUGGCGGAUCGAAGACCGCGGCAUCUCCAAGCGCGAAGCGGCACGCAUGGUGCGUGAACUCAACCGGACGAAGAUCCCCGUCAUGCAGAAGAAAGGGGAUCUGAGCGAAGAAGAGAGACGCCAGAUCGAGAUGGCGCUGGAGGACCUGCAGAAGCAAUACGACAACGAAUAUUUUCAAACGACCUUGGCUCAACUCGACGACCGGAUUGAGGUUAAGCCUAAGGAGCAGGGGAAGGUGCGUGAGCGGGAGAGAGAGAAGAAUCGGAGAAAGGAGAAGCAUCGCAGAGUGGUCUCAAAGCAAGUCAAGCAACCUGCUUCGAAAUCGAAAGACAUCAAGCAGGCUGUCACGGAGCGCGUCAGUCUUACCGCCUAUUUCAAGCGGGCUCCCCGACCGGAUGUUGACGCCAUCGCCAUGCUACGGCACCACGAGGCCCAGCGGGAGGCCAGAAUCAGGCAGUACGCCCAAGCCAUGGCCAGGCCGCAGGAAGCACAGUACCCAGCGCCUGCUGCCCCUCCUCCCCCUCCGCAACCAUCUCGGCAGUCAACGCCGCAUCCACCGCCGCGCCCACUUCCGCCACAGCAGAACAUGCAUGGCGAGAGGCCCGGCAACGCCAGAGGUCCCGGUCCGUCAGGCCACCACGCCCAGGCCGGCCAUUCUCAGAAUAGAGGACCCCCUGUGACCAUCAUCCAGCGCAAGCCACAAGAACACGGCAACACCACUGGCAGGCCGCAGCCCUUCCAGCCCCGGCCCUCGCCCCACGUCCAUCAGCGCACUCGCGCCCCACCCAGCUCAACAGACGAGUCAGUCUACUCCGACGGCUUUUCCGACGACGAGGAUGAGGACACGGUCUGCACAUCCCCAUCGACAACUUCUUCCUACAUCAGCCAGGGCUCGUAUGAACACCUCCGUACAGCCCACACGCCCAAGCCAAUGUUCAGAGAAGGCCCAGCGCACUACGGCAUCCCGCCCAACUUUCCCGGUGACGGCCGCCGUCAGCCCCAGGGGACAGUGCACAUCCAGCCUCACCGUUCCAACGAGCGGCGGCCCAGCCUCCACGACCAGCGCCCACCGGCGUUCAGCCCUAAUCACAAACCAGUCGUACACCAAGCAGCGUUGGCUCCAAUCCCGCGACCUGGCCUUUUCCCCUCCAGGCCAGCUACCAUGACUCCCGCCCAGAUCCCAAUUGCACCGUCUCCACCACCUGUGCAAGUCCAUCCGGCAGCGGUGACGGGAGGAGUAAGGGGCCCAGCUCCCAUCACACAAGCGGCCCCCGCCCCAGGCCAUCAUCAUCAUCAUCAACACAUCCCGCCACCUCCAGCACAUCACCAUCAGGUCCAUCACCAUAUCUCGCCGCAGGCACCGGGCAGUCAGAUUCCCGUCGCCACCGCGGUCACUCACACCACAGCCGCAGCCACAGCAACGGUGCCGGGCGGGUCCCUCGACCCCAAACAACUCUACGACAAUGCCUAUGCCGCCGGACGCGCCGACAGCCGCGAGGAGGCCAUCAGAAUGGCCGAGCGCAUUGCGGCAGCCGCUACGGGGUCGGCGGCCCAGCCCGAGCCGAGGGGUUCGCUGACAAAGAAGCAGGAGCAGGAGCAGGAGCACAAGUUUGGAGAGGUCGAGGGAAAGGGAAAGGGAAAGGGGGAGGACGAGAACUCGGAGCCGGAAUCGGAACAGGAACAGGAAUAG